AUGUUUUCCCACGAAGCAGUUCUGAACUUAGAGGAAGUUGCAGACUCUGCCCUUCUCCAGGAAAUAUGCGAGCUAGAAUCGGAUGAGUCCAUGCCCAGCGAUCUAGAGGACGAUAUAUACGCACUUGUCCACUUUGGGAGCACGAAAAGCCACAAGCCCCUGAGCUUGAAGAAGCUGGAUCCGAUAGAAACGAACCGGUGCUUCCAGAGCUCGACUAUCUGCUAUAAAUGCAAUAGAUCAGGGCACAUAUCAAGAGACUGCCCUAGAAAGCCCAGUACGUGCUUCAUAUGCAACCAGACAGGGCAUGUGAAAACGAAUUGCCCGGAAAAUACGUGCAGAAUCUGCAAGAAGAGCGGGCACAGGGAGAAUGACUGCUGGAAAAGUGCGGGUGGAGGAUCCCAGUACAAGAACAGGCACUACAGAGCAGAAGAUCGUCCGAGAAGGGAGGAGCCAAAGGAAAUGCCUGCAGUAGAGUCUGCCCCUGAAAAGAGGAAAAAUAGGGGAAAUCCCCGGGAAGAGAGACCUUCUGAGGGCGGAAAGGGGAGAAAUCCCCCGAAAGAUGACGCCUUCAAAAAGGGAAAGAAGAAAGUCCCGAAGAAUCCAGAGUCCUCCCAGGGACACUGCAAGAGUUAA